AUGCGAAUUGGAGAUCAUCCCGCCGUAGUUGAGAACCUUAUAAAGCAAGGGCAGAGAAUCGAGAGCACAGACUCCCAUGGAUGGACACCAUUGGACUGGGCUGUGCUCGAAGGUCGCAAAACCGCUAUAGAAGUCCUCCUUUCACGGCCGUCAACGAUUAUUGACCGAAUAAGCCUGUCAUCGGAACCAAUCCUGCAUCUCGCAUGUAAGGGCGGGGCGAGCGUUGAUAUUAUCGAACGACUUAUGAGUGAUCCACGUAUCGACAUCAAUGCCAAAAACCCUGAAGGAUGGACUGUCUUGCACUGGUGUUUAUCAAGAGAAAAGUUUCAUCAUCUUGCUUACAUCCUUCUCAGCAGGAAAGACUUGGACAUCAAUAUACCUGAUUCAAAGGGCACAACCUAUAUAGACCAGGUGUUCCAUGAAGGACUCUUUGAGAGUUUGGCGUUGAAGAUCGCACAUGAUGGCCGUACUGCACUCCAUGUUGCUGCCGAGCAUCGCAACCUCGAAGCCUGCAAGAGCCUCUUGAAAUCAGGCGCUAGCUACCUUGUAAAGGAUAACAGCCACAGGCUCCCGAUUCAUAUCGCUGCCGAACAGGGGCAUCGAUCUAUCGUCCUCGUACUU